CUUGUGAUUUUAAGUGAUGUGGUGCACAUUCUUUAAUCAUUGCUCUUCCAAUGCCACAGUCGGUAUCACAUCUAGUCAGAAUAAUGUUAAAAAUUGCAGACUGGUUUGGAUCCAUAUUAUUGCAUGUACAAUACUGAUAACCAAAAUAUGUUGUUUACCAUUAUAAUAACGAAUUGUGCCAUAUACACGAACAUAAACAUUGACUUCUAAUAAAAAUGGAUUGACUAAUUGUCUAUUAGAAUCUAUCCAGCUUAAUGCUGUCACGGUGCCUAUAUUAUAAAAAGGACACCCUGUAUAUAAACAUAUAUUCAAAUUAUUAAUUCAUGUACCUAAAUAUGAUUUACUUACCUGUUUCAUCUUCAAUAUCAUAAGUAACUUUUGUCGAAUCUCGUUCAGCAUGACGUACUAUACCCACAAUUGUGAUGAUAGAUACAGUCUAUCGUAUGCAUCAACAUGAUUUACACGGAAUACCACAUGGCUGCAGGAGUGCUUCCAUUUCAUUGGAAGCAAGAUCGCUUACUGGAUGGAGUACUUCUAGACAUUGUGUUAUUACUAAAGCGUUAGAUCUUACACCCAGUAUGUUUCAAUCCAUUAAGAUCAAAGCUGGAGCUUUAGUGAUCAUUUUACCUGAGAAAUUAAAUGAGUUAACAUUGGAUGAGAAAGAACAUAUUAUGAAUUUAGAAAAAGCUAUGCUGUCUGACACAGAAACCCCAAUUGCUGUUUAUUUUGCAACUUGGCAUCCAGAUCUUCAAAGAAUUUUAGAUGAUAUUACAGAUGGAUCUAUGACAGAUGAAAAAUCUCAUUCUGCAGCAGAAGCUAUAUUUAAUUCAAUUUCUGCUAGUGGUUAUCAAGUAGUUGUUGCAUCUGGUCAACCUAUGGUUAGAAAUGAUGCAAAAGUGGCUAUAUUACAUGGAAAAUUAACAGGAACUGGAGCAGAAGAAAAGUUACCUACUAUAGCUAUAGUUACACAUUAUGAUAGUGCGAGCGUAGCACCUGAAUUAUCUUUUGGAGCAGACAGUAAUGCAUCUGGAGUGGCGAUGUUAUUAGAAUUGGCUAGAUUGUUCUCUGCGUUGUUCUCCGCUGGACGGUCGAGACCUCACUACAAUCUUGUUUUCAUUGCUACUGGAGCAGGAAAAUUAAAUUAUCAAGGUAGUAAAAAGUGGUUGGAAGAUCAAUUGGAUGGACUUGAAGGAUCUGUUAUUCAAGAUGCAGCCUAUGUUAUAUGUCUUGACACAGUUUCUGCAACAAAUAAUCUCUAUGUGCAUGUCUCGAAACCACCAAAAGAAAAUUCCUCUGGAGGAAUGUUUUAUAAAGAAUUGAAAUCAGUAGCAGAUUCUUUGAAUACAGUACGUGUUGAAGGCGUACAUAAAAAAAUAAAUCUUGCAGAAGAAACAUUAGCUUGGGAACACGAAAGAUUUAGCAUUAGAAGAUUGCCAGCAGCAACAUUAUCCACAUUGAAAAGCCAUGAAGAUCCUGCCAGAAAUACAAUUUUGGAUAUAAUGAAAGAAGGACAAGUCGAUAGAUUAUAUAAACACACUCAGGUGAUUGCAGAGGCAUUAGCAAGGCACAUUUACAAUCUAAGCUCUAACCAUAUAUUUGCGGAAUCUUUGGAGGUAUCUAAAGAAUCAUUGUCUUUAUGGUUUACGUACUUGGCAUCUCAACCAAGAGCUGCUCCAUUAUUAGUUGAUAAAAAUAAUAUAUUGAUUGCUACGUUGAAAGAAUCUAUGUCACGAUAUCUUGGAGAUGUUAAAAUCACACUUCAUGGUCCUGAUAAACAAGACCCAGAGUUUAUAUUUUAUGAUGUUACUAAAGCAGUGCUAAAUGUAUACAGUGUAAAACCAGCUGUUUUUGAUCUUUUCCUUACUGUUGCCAUUGUCAUGUAUCUAGGAUUGUUAUAUGUGAUUGUACACAACUUUCCACGUGCUUAUUUCCUAGCAAUUAGACUUUCUACAAAAGAUACUUACAUAAACUUGGAGAAAAAAGGAAAAAGGGCAGAGAUUUUGUGUUGUAUAUACGUGUGUGUUACUUAUUAAAAUUAAAUGAAAUAAAUUAUGAAGUCUACUACAAUGAGAGCAUAUAAAAAGAAUAUAAUUAACUCAAUUAUAUAUCCUAGAAUACUAUUCCUCAAAAUUAGAGGAAUAUUAUAAUGGAAUAAAAAGAAAGGAGAUUAUCGUGAUCGUCGUGUUCCUUGUUAAUAAUUUUUGUUUAAAUAUCUAUCUCCACAAUUUAUAUGCAGUAUGAUACCAAACAGUUCCCUCAGCAGUCCCAAUUGAAUUUGGGAAGUCAACGUUCACGAUGCUGUUUUAAUAUUGUUUUGCAUAUACAUAAAAAGGAAUAUGGAUCAUUAAAGUUUAUAGAAUGUUCAUUAGACUUUAUUAAUAGAUGGAAAAUCAUUAAAACAAAUAGUGCAAUAUGUAAUUGAUAGCUACUUUAUAUUAUAUGAAAGUAUAUAAAUAAGAAGAGUAAAUUUAUUAUUGAUCUAUUGUUUCAAUUAAAGGCACAAGAGGAAACAUUCAGAAUAUUAGCUUUAAGAAAAGACCUGCUAUCAGAUUACCUUACUAUCUGAAACUUUUACUAAGAGUUUAUUUGUAUAAUUAUUGCAAUUUAAAACUUGUAGAACUUGUAAAACUUGCAAAUUACUAAAGAUACAUGCAUAUUAAUUCUGCUUCAAAUAUAUGAUAGCUGUAUGUUUGCAUCAAAUUUAUGGAUAUCUAUCAAUGAUUGGAUUAUUUUUAAACCUUUGACUAUAAUAGAAGAUUGCUACAUAAUGAUAAAAUUAAUUUAACUGAAAUAUCACUGCGAUACUAUUUGUAUAUUCAUGAGAUGUACUCUUAUACACAAUAAUUUUCAAUCAUCAGUUCCAUGAUUUUUGCAAUGUAAAGUAAAUGUUAUGCAUAUAUAAAGUAAAUGUUAACAAGCACAUUUUUUAUUAAAGCAUUAAAAUAAUGAUUAAAAUUAGUGCUUAUGUAAAAACAGAUAAUAAUAUUGCAUCAUAUGAACAGAAAUAAUUAUUAAAAUAAUAAAAUUACAAAUGUACCGAUUUAAAGCAAAUAAUCUAUGAUACUAAGUUAAUUCUAUUUCGAGCAAUAUGAACUUUCCAAAUCAAAGAAAAAAAUUAUAAUGAAUAUUGUAGAAGAGCAUGCGCGCUAAUGAAUCCGAGUGAUAUCUCAAAUAGAAAUUACUUUAAAUACCUUA